CUCGUCCAGAAGUGCCUCAUAGUCGCCGAUUCGACGACACAAGUCACUUGCACGUCCGCAGGUAACGUCGAAUCUGAUCCGAAUUGGAGUUCUGGGACCCAUCAUCUUCUCUGAUCUCCUCUUUGGUAAGGAAAUCGGAUGAUGGAAAGUCAUUGUUGCGACCCUUCCAUCUGACCACCUGCAUUGUUUCCAUAUUUUCUCCCAGCUCAAGGACAGAAGGACGAACCGGUCUUCUUGCGACGUCUCUGCCAUAUCUCUUUAACAGCCUUUCGAUCUUUUCCAAUUAACGGCAUCUUAAUUCUCUCAUCAUGUCUACCUGCGCUGCGGCCCCGAAGCGGUCCUUUCUGAGACUAUCAUUCCUUCUGCCUUCAUGGAGCGAAUCGAGCCCUCUGGUGUUCCGCCGGAAUCAAUCUUCCUACAGGCGGACUAAAGCGCGACUCCGCGUGAAGCCAGAUGCCUCCUUUGGCCCUUCGCAGGCUCAGCUGCAUGAGCACGUCAUCUAUAAUCCCCCGUCGAGCGCGCCAUCGGUCUACCAAACACCUACAAAAUUUCUGCCCGCAGAUGAUAUUCGCAGAACUCUCCGUGCUGCCUCUCCCGUAGCAGAAACCAGAGAGACGGAUCUACCACCGGUCUUCAAGGAGACCCCGGAGAAGAAGUACCACCUCACUCCCGCCGACAUCGAAGAGAUUCGGAAACUCCGUGCUAGCGACCCGAUGACGUGGAGCAGAUGGAAGCUUGCUCGACGCUUCGACUGCUCCCCGCUCUUCAUUGCGAUGGUGUGCGAAGCCAGCCCUCAGAAGAAGGAGAUCCAGAAGCAGGUACUGCAAGCAGUACAGUCGCGGUGGGGUACGAAGCGGCGGAUUGCAAGAGAAGACCGAGAGUUGCGCAAGGAAACCUGGGGAAGGGAUGAAUAACGGUGAAAUGACCAAUGUUGGUUGCGUCUUCUCCAAUUCAUUUUCGGUGCUGUGCAUCAGGAUGCGAGACGGUUGCCAAGGCGUAUGUGUCGACCUGGAUUCUCUGCAUGAUUACGCUGGCCGGACGGGGUGGACCACGGCACACGCGAAUGGAAUGGACAUGUAUCUGAAUCAAUUCAUGGCUAUACAGCAUUGUACACUAUUAUAUUUCCUCAUCCUCUUUCUCACUGUAUUAGAAGAGCCUUGUGUGUUUAGAACCAAAAACAAAAAAUCAAAUCAUGUCUAUGAAUACGUUGAUAGUUAAUACCCG